AUGGGGGGCAAACACUCGACUCUCGAUAAUGAUACUCUUGAGAUGCUUCAAAAAAAGACAAAGAUGUCACCAAAGGAACUAAAAGACUGGUAUAAAAGAUUUCGCAAACAAUUUCCUGAUGGGCAAAUGAGUCGCUCAGAAUUUGCCCGGGUGUAUUCCGAUUUUUUUCCUGGAGGUUAUUCGGACGCCUUCGCUGAUAUAGUGUUCAAUAGUUUUGACACGGACGGGGAUGAUGCUGUAAACUUUACAGAAUUUACUUGUGCGUUGGGCAUUAUAAAUAAUGGAACAGUCGACGAAAAAAUCAACUGGGCAUUUGAUCUCUAUGAUCAAGACAAAAAUGGUGUAAUUUCUUUGCAUGAGCUGACGACUAUGCUAAGCGCGCUCUACAAGUUGGUUGGUGUCCUUGACACCAGUCAACUGCCACCUGGUCACUUGACACCACAGCAGCAUGCAGCAGCCAUCUUCGAGAAGUUGGAUGUCAACAGGGAUGGAGUGCUCUCACGUGAGGAGUUUGUGCGUGGCACCUAUGGCGAUCAAAAUGUGAUUGCAAUGCUGAAAUGCACUGAGCCUUACUAA